AUCGCAUAACAUUAUGACAAUCAAUAAUAUGUGAGCAUUGGCACAAAAUAUAUGCGCAAUAAAACUGAUCAAGCGGCGUUUAAUGUCGAUGAACUUUUGCUAAUAAAAAUAUAUCGAAUUUAAUCCACAGUAAUCAUUUUGUGUGUAUUUUCCAAACAUUUGAUUUCUAAAUUUUGCAUUAUAAACCAUAGAAAAAUCUGAAAAAUACAUACUUGUUGACAUUUGACAAUUCAAUAUGUCAAAAUUAUCACAUUUGUCAAAAUAUUUGUAAUUAUAUUUUUAUUUUAAAAAGUAUUUUAAACUGCAAUGAGUAAAUUAGAGGAAUCUAACAGCUUUAUACUAGAAUCCUUGAAUCUAUUAAAAGAACCAAUAGCCACAUGUCUAAAAGCCUCAUUCUUUGAAUAUGUUGAAUUCUAUGCGCCCCACAUUGCUACAUGCCUUCUUUACGAUUCCAUAAUAGAUCUUUGUCUAGCGGACACUUUAUCACAUCUCGCCACAUUCGUAAUCGGCGUCACGUACUUAUCAUCAUACGACAUGGAAAAAUUCAAGGUUCUUUCAACAUUCAUCGGAUUUUCUAUUUUGAUUAUCUACGUCUGUAGAUUAUGCGAAAAUGUCAUCAAAUACUACUUUUGGAUGUUUUUAUAUAUAGCAAUUAUUUUAGGUUCGGCUACGUAUUUUUCAAACAACAGUGAAAUCAGUUUCUACCAGUUGGAAAAACCCGCCCAUCGACAAAUGUUAUUGAUCGCAUCUAUGAAUUUUAUGGCAUACACAUUCAACGUUGUAUAUCAUCCAUUACGACCCGGAUUUAUAUCAUACUUCUCCUUGCACUUUCUCGGUUACAUGUUUAAUCCCGUCAACGUUUUGAACGGCCCUUGGUUAGGGCUGAAUAUAUACGAUCGAUGUUUUCAGAAUAAGAAACGAACAGUUUUUAAUGCCGGAGAAAUGUGGAACACGUGGCGUGUGCGGGUCAUUUUGCAGUUUUCUCUGCAAUCAUUCUGUUUUUAUGUACUUGGUAAAUGCAUACUCCAGAUGAUUAUUGAAAAGAAUAAUAAUUUAUGGAUAUUGAUCUUUUGCAAGUGUCUGCAAUACAGAUGCAUGCACUACGCGCAUUGUCACAUGUCAUCGGCGGCUUUAACAUGCGCUGGACAUCAUGUUUUCUUUGGCAACUUGAGAUAUCCAAUCGCCCACGCAUCAAGAAUUGAAUUUCCUGUGUCUAUGGCAAAUGCUCUAGUUUGCUACGAGAGGCAGUUUAAAAGUUUCAUAGAACAAUAUUUUACUAAUCGUUUUAGCUACAUGCAAUCAAUUUAUCCCCGCUCUGACUUGGCAACAUUGCCCUUAAUUUACAUUUUAAUGUGUUUCGACCAAUUUUCUUCGCUGAUUGCAAUCCUGACGCUCUUCAUUUUUGUUCACAUGCAAAGUAAUUGCCAAGGAGCAAUUUCUGAUGCUUUUAAUAUAUGUGUAAGAAGAUAUCCUUGUAUGUAUUUAUACUGUCCGCAUAAAUACAAGAGCACACACCCUAUCACAAUUGGUUGCAAACUUAUAUUCAUGAUAUUAAAUCUUAUUAUGAUUAACUACAUUACCAUUGCUAUCAUCGACGAAGAUUAUAAGCAGAUAUGGAAAGAUAUGCAUUAUGUUGGUCAUCACAUAUGUAUGCUAUAUUUUUUAUUGGGAAUGAUAACUGUCAAUUUACAUCCGCAAAUUCUGUAUCUGAACAGAAGAUCCCCGAUAGCAUUAGAAGUCAUGGUUUCAUCGUCAAGUAAUAAAGAAAUGGUUACUAAAUUCACACAAACUGAUGAUCAAACUCAUCUGGUUCCUUCGGAUAGCUUAGAAACUUUGCAUAAUAAGAAAAAUCUCAAAUUGAAAAAGAAACGCUAAUCCUAAUUUUCUUGUGUACCUGUAUCUUUAAUAAAAAGUCACCGUGUCUUGCAAA